UGCUAGAUGGCCAGUUACCAGGCUAAUAUGUCUGGUCAAAGGUCCUACUGUAACAUUGUGCACAUGUUACUUGUCAACUGGACUUUUGGACUUUGCCCCCUUUUCCUUUUUUUUUAUCAAAGUUCUUCAGUGAGAAGGUAGUAAUUCUCGUGAGGGAGCCAUGGGGUUUAUACUUAAAGAUCUAAUCGGCGUAGUUCUGCUUUUUGUGGUGUCGUUAGUCGCGAGAUUGCUGAGCGUGGUUCGGCUGAUUUUCCCGCCCGGGAAGAAAAGUGUCUCGGGCGAGAUCGCGCUGAUCACCGGGGCGGGUAGCGGGCUCGGCCGCGGCAUGGCGCUCAGCUUCGCCCGCCUGGGGGCCACCAUCGUCGCCUGGGACAUCAACGAGGAGGCGAACGAGGCGACUGUGCAGAUGAUCCGGCAGGAAGGAGGGAAGGCGUUCGGCUUUGUGUGCGACUGUAGCAAGAGGGACGACAUCUACAGGGUCGCGCAGAAGGUGAAGAGCAGCGUGGGCCACGUGACCAUCCUGAUCAACAACGCUGGGAUCGUGACAGGCCGGAAGUUUCUGGACUGCCCUGAUGACCUCAUCCAGAAAACCAUGGACAUCAACACCAACGCGCACUUCUGGACCACGAAGGCAUUCCUCCCCCACAUGGUGGAACAGAACCACGGACACCUGGUCAGCAUCGCCUCUGCCGCUGGGUUUGCCGGGAUGUCCGGUCUGGCCGACUACUGCACCAGCAAGUUCGGAGCCGUGGGGUUCGCCGACUCUAUCAGGCACGAGGUGAAGCAGCACGGCAUCCACGUGACCUGCGUCUGCCCGACUUACAUCAACACGGGAAUGUUUACAGGAGCAGAACUCAGGUGA